AUGCCACUAGUCGACACCGUGACAAUGUCGACGCCAUCAUCAAAGGUCGCUUCCGAUGCGGGCAAACCGAAAGACGGGCUGUACCCCGUCCACCCCCUGACGAGCCCUGUCGCGCAGGUCGUCCGACAUGUACAGCCGGUGCUGCUCUCCGGCCUCUUCCUCGCGCAGUUUGGGUCAUUGGUGGCCGACCCCGUGCCGGCUCUGUACAGCUCCCUCCCGAUCGUCGCCGCGAUCCAGGUCGUCUAUGCCUUUGUCAGUCUACCCGCGGCGGGGUCCCAAAGCGCGAAGCCCUCGAGGAAGCCUCGGCCUGGUGAGAAGAAGAAGGCUGAAAACACGGGACCGAACCCUUUUAUUGCCAUAUUCCUGUCUCUCCUCCUCGCCGUCCUCGUCACGCCAGCCAUCCACAUCGUGCUCGUCCUCUUCGGUGCCCCCUUCCUGACGCACUUUCUUCACACGCUCCUCUGCUCCGCGAACAUCGCCCUCCUGUCGCUUUUCCCUCUCUUCUACGCUCACGGAGUCGAAGCGAACACAUGGGUAGCUAUUGCUAGCGCAUCUGCGCCGUUGGACGAGACAUACGGCGGUCUGGUCGGAGGUCUGUUGGGUGCGUGGCUCGGCGCAGUCCCCAUCCCCCUCGACUGGGACCGCGAAUGGCAGAAGUGGCCCGUCACGAUCCUGUGCGGCCUCUACGCUGGCCACAUCCUCGGCAAGACGAUUGGUGGCACAUUGGCAUUUGGCAAGAAGAUGGCUAGCUCCGCAGAAAGCGACGAAUAA